AUGAGAUCGACAAGAUCUUCAAAGCAACAUAAACUUCUUGGAGGCUUUAUGAACGUUCCAGUUGAUGCACUCUUACGUUUGUCAUGGAUAAUGAUAUUACUACCAAAAUUCUUCCAUUCAGAAGCUCAUGCAAAAGUCACUAUUGACGAUGAUACUGGUUACUUUGUUGAUUCACAAGGAUUUAUUAAAUUAUUUCAUGGAAUCAACUGUGUGCACAAAUUCGCACCAUUUUACUUUCCAAAACUACUUGACCCUCAUUCAUUCAGAGUACUUAGAGAUUGGGGAAUUAAUGUUAUACGCUUAGAAUUCAACUGGAUAGCAUUAAAACCACAGGAAAACGAAAUCAGUCAACACUACUUAGAUAUCAUUGAAACGAUUAUCGACAAUGCUGGAUUAUAUGGAGUAUAUGUUAUCAUUGAUUUUCAUCAAGAUGGAUUAUCGAAACGUCUAGGUGCAAUUGAUGCUGUGCCUAAUUGGUUUAUGGAUAAAAUAAAGCGACCACAAUAUUUAUUUCAAUACCCUUGGCCACUUAAGAAAGAUCCGGGUAAAGAUGACUGGUUUCUAACCUACGUCACAUAUGAGAGUGCACAUGUAUUUGAAAGUAUAUAUAAAAAUGUUUCAGGAAUAUGGAAUUAUUUUGCAGAAUAUUGGACGAUAACAACUAGUCGUUUUGGGAAGAAAGAUAAUGUCUUAGGUUAUAAUUUGAUAAAUGAACCAGCACCUGGAAAUGUUUAUAAAAAUCCAUUCCUUCUUUUGCCUAAUAAUGCAGGUCACAAUCUCUUAUCAUUUUAUGAUUAUUUGGUAAAUGUUAUUCGCCAAACAGACAAGAAUACAUUGAUAUUUUACGAAAGUGUAACUUAUGGAAUAUAUUUUCCAUUUGUUAAUGGAAUACCUGGUACUGGUAUCCAACGUGUUCCCGGUUUACUACAAGAUGAGACGGCCAGAAAGAAGAGUGUAUUAUCUUAUCAUUACUACUGUUGGUUAUUGGAAUCGACACCAUCUACAGAGAAUAUGCCAUCAUGGAAACGAUAUUUGUGUGAUAAACCCAUAUUUAUCAAUUACCAAUCACAAUUCAUUUAUUUUCACCAUGGAAAUACUCACAGUAAACAAUAUGAUGAUGAUGAUGAUGAUGAUGAUGAUGAUGAUGAUGAUGAUGAUGAUGAUGAUGAUGAUGUGAUGAUGAUGAUGAUGAUGAUGAUGAUGAUGAUGAUGAUGAUGAUGAUGAUGAUGAUGAUGAUGAUGAUGAUGAUGAUGAUGAUGAUGAUGAUGAUGAUGAUGAUGAUGAUGAUGAUGAUGAUGAUGAUGAUGAUGAUGAUGAUGAUGAUGAUGAUGAUGAUGAUGAUGAUGAUGAUGAUGAUGAUGAUGAUGAUGAUGAUGAUGAUGAUGAUGAUGAUGAUGAUGAUGAUGAUGAUGAUGAUGAUGAUGAUGAUGAUGAUGAUGAUGAUGAUGAUGAUGAUGAUGAUGAUGAUGAUGAUGAUGAUGAUGAUGAUGAUGAUGAUGAUGAUGAUGAUGAUGAUGAUGAUGAUGAUGAUGAUGAUGAUGAUGAUGAUGAUGAUGAAGUUUGCUAAAUUGUUAGAACGAUUGUGUACUUUGUAA